GCCAUCUUUAAACCAAAAUGGGUAGUGCAUGGGCGAAGACUGUGCCUUCUUCCACAGAUUUUUAUGAGCUUUAUCAGGCACUUAUACAGGCUCCAGUUUAUCAUCUGGUCGUCGAAGCCCUGCUCAUCAUCUGGAUAAUCAAGUUAAUUUUUACCAAGAAAACUCCACCAAAACAAACAGCAAGCGAACUUACAGAAAAGGAGAAGGAAGAGUUGGUUGCGGAAUGGAUACCAGAGCCCCUUGUACCCGAGGUUGACCCAGACCACCCUGCCCUCCGCGCAUUCCAGGACAACACAGUGGAAGGAAAAAUUGGAAAGUUUGUGAAAAAAUCAGGUGGUAAAGAAUGCUUGAAUGCUGCCACAUUCAACUUCCUUGGCAUGGUGGGGAAGUCCUCUAUAGAGGAGGCUGCUGUCAAGUCCCUGAGGAAGUAUGGCGUUGGGUCAUGUGGUCCACGCGGGUUCUAUGGGACAGUGGAUGUCCACCUUGAACUGGAGGACCGCCUGGCAAAGUUCAUGCAGUGCGAGGAGGCCAUCUUGUAUGCUUAUGGCUUUGCCACCGUGGCUAGUGCCAUACCUGCCUAUUCUAAGAGAGGGGAUAUUAUAUUUUGUGACGAAGGUGUGAAUUUUGCCAUCCAGAAAGGGUUGUCUGCCUCCAGGUCGUCCCUCAGGUUCUUCAAACACAAUGAUAUGAACGACUUGGAGAGACUGCUGCAGGAGCAGCAGGCCAAAGAUAAACUUAAUCCUAAGAAAGCCAAAGCCACCAGAAGAUUCCUAGUAGUGGAGGGGCUGUAUACUAACUAUGGAGAUUUGUGUCCACUGCCUCAGCUGAUUGAAUUUAAAUACAAGUACAAAGUAAGGUUAUUUGUUGAAGAGAGCUUCUCAUUCGGAGUCCUUGGUGCUACAGGAAAAGGAAUCUCAGAACACUUUGGGGUCAAUGUAAGUAGUUAUUGUAAAUAAAACAACAAGCUGAUA